AUGGCUACUAUUGAAGCUAAAAAUAUUUUUUUUCGAAUAUUAUUGAUUCUUUUUAAUGAGAAGAAUUCAUUUCUUAUAGGUCCACUUAUUGCAAAUACUAAUCGUGAAUGUAAAGUUGUAAUAAUGUUAAAAACUGGUACUGAAACGAUCGUUAUUAAUGAUGAUAUGACAAGUGGUCCUGUACUUAAAUUUAUAACAGUUCGACAAGUAUAUGAUGCUUAUCAAUAG